AUGUCGCCAAAAUCGAAACCAGCCAAGCACUCCCAACUUCGUAGAAACGAACGAGAGAGAAAACGAGUUCAUCAAGUAAAUGACGGUUUCGAUCUCUUACGUUGUCGAGUACCUAAGUCAGUUGCCAACAAAAAACUGAGCAAAGCCGAUACUCUCCGGGAAGCAGUCAAAUACAUCAAUUACCUUCAGAGCAUUUUGAAUUCGGAUUACUCUUCAUCUUCAGAAGAAAGGAACUCCUGUACUCCUAACUCAUUCCCUGCUUGCCCAAAGAUGGAACCCAUUUCACCUAACUUUGGAUAUUCAGAUGUUAUGGAUUCACUUUCUUAUUCUCAGCCAACUUCAUCUAACGAAGUUUCUCCGGCAUUUUCAUAUCCACUAAACACCUCAUCAUCUUCUUCAUCUUCCCCUGUCGGGAACUAUUCACCCAUGACGUCAUCAAUGGUAACUAUACCAACAACCUCCUCUACCACCCCAUCAGCAUUAACGUUGGUUCCCCUUGCCUUCGCUCCACAAUCCUACACUCCCAGACAUUAUUUAUAUCAAAAUAAUAUUUUAAAUUAU